AUGGCAUUCAGACCAACACAAUCCCGCACCUUCUUCCGCACACUCAGAAACCUGAUCCGCGAAGAACAUCCCUUCGCACGCAACACCUCUACUCUUCUACCCCACGCUCACGACAACUCUGUGCUUUUCCGCCGCACUUUCCGCACUGCUGCUGCGUUUAUCCCUUUCUACAUUNACUGUAUUAGGCUGGCCCUGGAUGGCAGCAGGCGUGCUCAGAAAAACCGGCAUCUGACUCUUGAUGCCUGUUGGAGGAUGUUUACGCGACAUGCCUAG